ACUAAAAAAAAGUACACUUUGGAAGUUUCUCAUUUUCUCUCACCUAUCUUCAUUUUACCCCUAAAUUUCCAAAUUUAGUACAUUUUUUUAGUAUCUAGGGUUUUUUCCCUGUAAAAAACUGAAAUUUUUUACUCUAAUUCAUCUAUUCACCUCUUUUUCUUAAUGGGGUUUUCAAUUCUUUUGAAUCCCACCAAACCUCGCAAAAUUUCUCCCCAAAAUUGUUCUUUGUUUGAGUGAAAAUUCCAAUGGAUCAGUCACUAAUUUUUGAAUUAAGUUCCGAUGAUGAAGUUGGUUUCGAUAAUUCUCCCACUGUUGACAAUUUUGGUUGGAUAACAAAGCUUCUUGAAGAUGAUAAUUCUGAUGAAAUUGUGUCUAAUUCUAAUGGAAGACUCCUUAUCACUAAUAAUGGUGUUAAUAAUGAUGAAGAUGACUCCGACGACGUUGUUGUUGUGGGUGAAGUGAUUGUUGUUCAAAAGCCAAAAAAGCCGAAAGCGUUGUCGCCCAGAAUUGACGAUGAUGAGGAUGAUUGUAUUGUGUUGGAUGGUGACCCAGAUAAACCUAAAGGCGAUGCUAAAAAAUCUGGACAAGAAGACGAUUUGGACGACUCAGAUGAUCUGCUUAUUGUUGGUGAAAAGGGUCAGGUUGCAUGCAGAGAUUAUCCCCAUGCGCGACAUUCUUGUGCAAAAUUUCCUUUCAGUUCUACACCACAUGAAAACCGCUGUGCUUUGUGUCAUUGUUAUGUUUGUGACUCAGUUGCUCCAUGCGACCAUUGGGGAUCUGGAGUCUUAACUACCGAUCACUGUCAUGCUACAGACAAGGAAGAAUACUGGAAGCAAGAGAGGAAAAGCUUCAGGCAGAUGAAGAAUCCAGGUCCCAUGUCAAUCUCUAAACCUAUUGUCGAAUCUUUCCUUCAACCUUCACAAUUGCAUCCGGUUCUUACAGGACCCAAUCAACUUUUGAGGGCAAAGUCUACCCAUGGGAUGUCUUCAACUGACGUUAGAUUAUCAAAUAGAUUACAGACAAAUCAGAUUGCUAGACAACUUCUUGGGACUCGUAACGUUCAAAUCCAGGCCAAUAGAGUUGCACAUCUGAAUCCUAGAACUAGAAUGGUCCCUUCUCGUCCGAUUUUCAAGAGGGCUGGAUUUACAAGGAGGCCUGGUGAUGCGUAUCAACCUACUUGCUACGCACAAGACAAUGUUCGUGUAGCAUGCAUAGAGCAGCCGCUUCAGCUCUUAACAGGACAAAACAAUCCCACCAACUCAAGGGCUCCAUUCCUUCACUUGGAUUUAAAUCCCAAUUGUUUAUCUUCAAGCACAAGCAGUAUGUCCCCUGUUUCUCAAGGAUAUAAUCAGCCUAGUCCACAUACCUCAACUUUGCUUUUUCAUGGAUAUGGUCAGUCUGCUGCUGUAGCAAGUGAUACCGUCAACUCAUUCACAUGCACGAACCAAACACAGAGUGUACCUGUUCAAAUUCUUCCUUGCAGUGAACAUUCAGCUGGAUCUCAGAAUAUUUUUGAUCCGGCUCCUGACAUUUUAAGCAGUGUUACACCGAUAAGCCUUCAAAUUUCAACUGAUCAAGCUUAUUGUAGUCCAAUUCUUUCUAGUAGUACAUCUACACCAAACAAUGACACUUUGAACUGUCAGCAGUUAGCAGCAAAUAACUCUCCAUUUGGAGUUGUGCCUAUGCAUGAAGUCUCGACGUCAAUGCAGCAGAACGUGCCAAUCUCGGGUGAUGCUGAAAAUUUGGAGUUUGAUUUUGAAAAUUGGCUCGACAAUAUUGGAUCCGUUCUUGGUCCAAAAGACGACGGUUUUGUGUCUGAUACAAACAACCAAGCUUCCAUGCCUGAGCCUCUUGAUACAGGUAUGCUCUAUUUUGAUUUCGAGACUUCUUGGAAAGGGCUGACUCGUUUAUAGGCGUAACUUUCGGUUCCUGCUGCAGUAGUUAACUUACAUGGUUUUAAAAUCAGACCUGGUUCGUGCUGGGGUUUGGGCCAACUGUAGCCUUUUUUGUAUAGUUUGAUAUGGAGUUGGUAAAAUUUAUUUUCUUCUAGACUUCAGAAUAAUUGUACAUAAGUUAAAAAAAAUGCAUAUGAUCAAUUUGCUGUAUUUGAUGGUAACUUUAUUUA